AUGUCGUCCGCACAGCAUAUGCAAAUGAGCGACGUAAGUGAUCCUCUCCGGGCACAUAUUCCUUCCAACGAGACGCCCGAGGAGAGAAAGAGGCGUAUCUCCGCCGAGAAGAAAGCCAGGAAGAUUAGCGAGGCCAUCGACAAACAGCUCAAACUGGAAAAAGACGAACUGGAAAAAUCGCGGGGGACAAAGUUGCUUCUUUUAGGUUCAUCCGAAAGCGGUAAAACCACUGUCCUAAAGCAACUGAAAAUAAUCCAUGGGAAAGGACUCGAAAACGAACGAGAACAGUAUCGAUACAUAGUCCACCUUAACGUACUCACUGCUAUUAAAGCCCUUGCCAAGGGCUUUGAAGUGAACAAUUUAACACUCGAAAAUCCCGAAAAUGAAGAACAUUUAUUAACCAUUCUGGGUUUAAACUCAGUCAAAGAAAGUUUAAAUCGCCAGUCCUUAUCUUUACAGGCGGCCGUGGGUGACUUGAAAUCUGCGGAUGACGUAACAGCCAUCUUAUUGACAAACCACAAGUCGGUCAAGGCCGUGUGGAGUGAUUCGGCGAUACAAAAAUAUUUCGAGAGUGGUAACGAUAUUGGAUUACAAGAUUCUGCCAAGUAUUUCUUGGAUCAUGUCGAUCGAUUGGCCUCAAGUGAUUAUCUACCAACUGACGAAGACAUCCUACAGGCUAGGAUACGGACUCUUGGUGUCACUGAACACAAGUUUGAUAUCAAUUCGACGACUUACAAGAUUUACGAUGUCGGCGGUCAUCGUUCACAAAGACAGUACUGGGCUCCUUACUUUGACGAUGUUAAUGCUAUAAUCUUCAUGGCUGCUGUCUCUGCAUUUGAUCAAGCGCUUGAAGAAGACCGUAGGAUCAAUCGUAUGCGGGACUCGCUCGAGUUGUUUAAUACCAUUUGUAAUCACCCGCUGUUUAAGAACACUAGUAUAAUUCUGUUUUUGAACAAAAUUGACAUCCUAAAGAAGAAGCUGAAUAAAUUGCAACUGAAAGAGUACUUCAAGGAAUACCAAGGUGCCAACGAUUUUCAAUCGGUAACAAAAUUUUUCCGACGCGAAUUCUUGACAAGAAAUAAAGUCGCUGACAAGAACGUAUAUGUUCACUUUACGCACGCUACUGAUACAACUCAAAUGCGAGUUAUUGUAGCGUCAGUGAAUGAUAUGAUUCAACGUUUGAACCUCAAGGCAUCAGGUUUAAUUUAA